UCAUUGACAUGUUAGAGUAGCUAGCCGGCCUACUGCCGGCCUUGAGCAGUGAGCGGUACCACAUCAUGGCUUAAAUCUAUAAGUAAGGAAAACCCCCAGUAAUCUCUCUAUGCAGCAACUCCUCAAUCCUUUACUUCAUCUUCCCUUUCUUUCACAUUAAUUAUAUAAACCAAACUCAGUAAUUAAUCCUUCAAGGACAAGAUGAGGCAAGCUGGGACAUACUCGGCGAUACUGUGGGGUGGUUUAUCAGGGAGAAGAGGGGGGCCACACUGCUUGCCCUUGGCAAGGAUCAAGAAGAUCAUGAAGAAAUCUGGAGAUGAUGUGAAGAUGAUAUCUAGGGAAGCCCCAAUUGUGUUCUCAAAGGCUUGUGAGCUCUUCAUUGAAGAGCUAACACAAAGGUCCUGGAUGGUGACCAUGCAAGGCAAGAGGAGGACCCUUCUCAAGGAAGAUGUUGCCUCUGCUGUUAUAGCUACUGAUAUCUUUGACUUUCUUGUUAACUUGGUGGCUAAUAAUUCCUGCAACUCCAUGGAUAAUCCUGAUCAGGAAAUCAAUAUCAGAUCAAAACUCAUAUAAUUCUCUAAGUACAGACUAUAUUUCUCCAUCAUCACAAUAAACU